AUGAACUCCGCAAAUAAUUUCAGAGAUUAUUCCUAUUCAUACGCUGAUAGUACGAAUGGAGAGUAUGUUGCAAACACGACGUCUAGUGUUACUCCCAAUAUGGUAUCCUCCCACACUAAUGAAAACGAGUAUUGCACACAUAGCUACGGUUUGAGCAUCGAAAAGAGAAGUGAUUGUGAAGGAAUAUCUAAUGAUAAUUCUACAUUGCAAAGCACUUCCAAUUCGAAUAUGAUGGGAAAAGGGGGAUAUGCGACAAAUGGUACAAAAAUAAAUAUAAUAUGCACAAAUAAUCGAAAUUGCAGUGAAUUAAGUAUAAAUGAAAAGAACACGAAAAUGUCAGAAAUGACAAGUAGUAGCAAUAUGAAACAAAAUAGAGGGGUAAAUAAUUCUGUCAAGUUAUAUAAAAACAUAGACAUGAGUUUUAUAUACAAUAAGUAUGAUAAAAAUGGACUAAUUUAUUGUAAGGCAAUUAAAUUUCUCGUUAAAUGUGAAACAAAGCAUAACUACGUUAAGACUUUAACUGUGAAAAUUAAUAGUAUGAAAAAUAUUGGUGGAAAACAAUACAUGAGAUUGGAACUCUCAGAUGACAUGAAUGAAUCUUUUUUUUAUUACUUAGAUUUAUACGAAGAGAAUUAUGAAAAAAUAAAAAAAGAACAAACAUUGGUUAUUAAUUUUGAUUUGUUUCCAUUUAAAUUUAUCGAUUUGUUAGAAGAAUGUGUUCUUGAAAGUGAGCAUUGUGAAAAGGUGGAAGAUCAAAGAUUACGUGCUGUUCUCAUUCUUGACAGUAGCAACAAAACAGCUGAUCGAGAAGGGAAUAAUUAUACUAACAAUGGUAAUGACAGUGGAGGGAAAAUGGCAUCCUACAAUCCAUACUAUAACAGUCAUCCCAAUUCUGCCACUUAUAACAGUGGGAUUAAUAGUAAUAAUAAUAAUAGUAAUAAUAGCAGUAACCUGAAUUACUGUCGGCCAUACGCAUGCACUAGCAGUAUGGAAGAAAAAACUGCAGAAAUUGCAAUUCUCAAUAUUGUGGAAAUUAAUCAAUUCAAGGAAUUAACACAUUUGUCUUUACAACUGAGACGAGCCGACUACGAAAAUGUUAUCACGUAUUUGUGUAAUAAUCUAAAAUAUGUAAAAGAAUAUAAUGAAGAAAUGAUUACAAAGGUGAAUGAGGAAAUUAUUAAAAACAAUAAUAAUAUGAUCGAAAUUAAAAAUUUACAAAAAACAAUAGAAAAUUUGGAAAAUAGUAUGAACAACAUGAAAUGCGAUUUUAAUCUAACUCUAAGUAAUGAUAUAAAUAACUUAAAAAAAGAACAUGAAAAAAUUAUUGAAAGACGAGAAGAAAAAUUUACGUGUGAAAAUGAAGAAUUAAAAAAAGAUCUUGAAAAUUUAAAAAAUAAAUUUAAUCAACUAAAUGAAAUUAAUGAAAAUCACGAAAAAAAAAUUUUUAACCUGAACAGUAAGGUAAAAAAUUUAAAAACAGAGCUAGAAGAAAAAAACACAAAUUUUGUAAAACUUAUGAAAGAAAAGGAAGAUAUCGAAUGUGCCAAAUGUGAACUCGAAAAAUAUAAAAAUACAUUCACCGUCGAAUUUAACAAUCUCAAAACGAAAUAUGAAAAAGAAUGCGAAAGUAAUAUUUCAAAUAGCUCAAGCUUUGAAAGUAUUAAAAUGAGUAAUUAUAAUCUAGAAAUGGAGUUAAAAAAAUACAAAGACAGAAACGUCAAAUUGGAAAAGGAAAUUAAUGUUGCUAUUGAUGAGAUCAACAAGGGAAAUGAUAUCAUAACCAAGUUACAAAAUCAGUUAAAAAAAAUGAAGGAUAAAUUAAAAUCCAAAACCAUCGAACAUGUCAACAUUGAAAAAAUCAGUUCGCAGAAUAUCAAUGAAAUCACAAAACUACACAAUGAGGUUAAAACUUUGCAUGCCAAGCUGGGAGAACGUGAUUCCGCUGAGGAGACCUUACGCAAAGAGAUAGAUAAUCUGAAGAGGCGAAACGAUGAGAUGGCCAAGGAGCUUAGCAUAUCUAGAGAAGUCAACCUCCGUCUGAACAAAGAAAUAACGAACAACAACUUGGACACAUACGCUGCCAAACUGAACAUGGGAGUCCCACCCAAUGUUAUGCCAGGCGCAAAUUUCCGUGUUGAUACAAACCUGUUAGACAAGGACUUAUUCACCAAGUUAAAAGCAAAUUUAAAAAACUCCAAUCCAACGGGACCCAUGCCCGCGUAUGCAAUGGAAGGCAAAAUGAACUUGAAUUUAAUGAACGGAAAAAUAGACACUUUAGAUAUCAAUGACAGGUACAACAAACCUGUGAAGUUCAUCCCCCCAGGGAUUUGA